CCGAAGCUUGCAGAGAAGUACUGUGUUUGCCAUCUAGCCACUGGAGAUAUGCUCAGGGCCAUGGUGGCCACUGGCUCUGAGCUCGGGCAGAGAUUAAAGGCCACCAUGGAUGCUGGGAACCUGGUGAGCGACGCGAUGGUGGUGGAGCUGAUUGAGAAUAAUCUGGACACGCCUCCUUGUAGCAAAGGCUUUUUGCUGGAUGGCUUCCCGCGCACAGUCAAGCAGGCUGAGAUGUUGGACGAACUCUUGGAGAAGAGGAAAGAGAAGCUGGAUUCUGUGAUUGAGUUCAAAGUGGAAGACUCUCUUCUUGUCCGGCGUAUCUGUGGACGGCUCAUUCACAGCCCAAGCGGGCGAUCUUACCAUGAAGAGUUCAACCCUCCGCGGGAGCCAAUGAAGGAUGAUGUCACCGGGGAGCCCUUAAUUCGCCGUUCAGAUGAUAACGAGAUGACUUUGAAGUCGCGCCUCAACGCCUACCACACGAUGACCACGCCGCUGGUGGAGUACUACAGCAGACACGGCAUCCACACUGCUGUGGAUGCCUCCCAGGCCCCGGAUGUAGUGUUUGCCAGCAUCCUGGCAGCCUUCUCCAAAGUCAAAUCAACCUGA